UGCACAGAGGCGUUUUGAGCUUGUGACAGUUGCCUUCACCCAGCCCCUGCCUUUCCCUCCCUUCCCGCCCAGCCCCGGGGACAAAGGUAGGAGCCACCUCGGCAGUACACCGCCCUGUCACUCACUGGCACCUGCUCUCUCCCAUUGGUCUCCAGAGGCAGCGUAUUUCUGCUGACAGCCGGGGGAGCAGCCGGCGAGCGGGAUCUCAGGGCGCAGGCGGGACCGGCUCUUUGGGGAGUGUUCAAACCCCCCUCCCCCGGCCACACACACCGACAGGCGGAAGAUUGAGCAACUCGGAGGCACCAAGCUGCUGCUGCUGCUGCUGCGCAACUGGUUUUCUAGUCGGUGACACGCGCCAGCCACGGCCCCAGGGCGCGUGAGCCACCAUGCCUCCUCUGAAAGUCUGCAUCGUGGGGUCUGGAAACUGGGGAUCUGCUAUUGCAAAAAUUAUUGGCAAAAAUAUCCAGAAGUCUAACAGGUUUGAUCCUGUUGUGAAGAUGUGGGUCUUUGAAGAAAUCAUAAAUGGGAGGAAACUCACAGAGAUCAUAAACAAAGAUCAUGAAAAUGUGAAGUAUCUUCCAGGACAAACAUUACCUAAAAAUGUGGUGGCUGUAGCAGAUGUUGUUGAAGCAUCGGCUGGGGCAGAUAUUUUCAUCUUUGUUAUACCCCAUCAAUUCAUUACACGAAUUUGUGACCAGAUUGUUGGUCACAUAAAACCUGGAGCAUUUGGCAUUUCACUGAUCAAGGGGGUUGACGAGGGUGCUGAAGGCUUGAAGCUCAUAUCAGACAUCAUUCGAGAGAAACUGAAGAUAGAAGUCAGCGUGCUUAUGGGGGCCAAUAUAGCCAGUGAAGUGGCUGAUGAGAAGUUCUGUGAAACCACCAUUGGGUGCAAAAAUGAAAAGGAUGGGCAGAUCUUUAAAGAAUUAAUGCAGACCCCAAAUUUCAGGAUUACCGUGGUGGAUGACUGUGAUACAGUGGAGAUCUGUGGAGCCUUAAAAAAUAUAGUAGCAGUGGGAGCUGGAUUCUGCGAUGGAUUGAACUUUGGUGAUAAUACUAAAGCAGCAGUCAUUCGUUUGGGCCUCAUGGAGAUGGUAGCCUUUGCAAAGCUGUUCUGCAGGGGUCCAGUAUCAAUAGCUACUUUUCUGGAGAGCUGCGGCAUUGCUGAUCUAAUCACUACAUGCUACGGGGGACGCAACAGGAAAGUAGCGGAAACCUUUGUGCAGACAGGAAAAUCAAUUGAGGAGCUGGAAAAAGAGAUGCUGAAUGGACAAAAGCUACAAGGUCCUCAGACUUCAGCUGAAGUCUAUAAGAUGCUGAAACUGAAAAACAUGGUUCAUAAGUUUCCAUUGUUCUCCACUGUCUACCAGAUCUGCUAUGAGGGUAGAUUGGUCCAGGAAUUCAUCUCUUGUCUACAGAAUCAUCCACAACACAUAUAAGAAUUUCAUGUGGCUCAUCCGGAUGUGCAUUCAUCUCUUCUGGGCUUCUCUCUGCUUGGUAGUAAAUAAAAGCAGCCAAAUAAGUCACGUGGCACAUAACUAUUCUUGUAAAGGCAAUGUAGACAUUUUUUUUUGUACAGUCAGCCUGAAUAUUUCAGUAUCUCCAAGGAAGUAGGAUGGAUACAGGAUUUAAAAUACUUAAUAUGG